AUGGACAAGGAGCAGAAUCGGUGGGCAGUGCACAAAAUCACCCAGAUCGAGUCGCCGGUCUAUCGCAGCAAAUUCUUCGCGGCUUUUGCCCAGGAGCUGGCUGAUGCACAGAUACGCAAGGAGAGGAGAGUCACCUCGAUGUACUUCUGCCUCUGGUACUUCCGUAUGCCGCCGCCGUACAUGUGA